AUGUUCAACAUCAGGCGCUUCGACCUCGAAGCUGAGACUACUCAAGAGUCUUCUUCUUCUUCUACUACUACUACUACUACCACUACAACAACAGCUAUACCAAUUAAUGACCGACUCGCCAAACUGAACGCCCGUCUUAACAAGAACAAGCCCCCUCCCACCACCACCACCUCCACCACAGACAGCACUACCAUCCAGGACUCAAUACCCCGCAGCAAGGACAUCAAAGACGCCAAACACCACAAAAGGGACCGCGACUCUACUACUACCACCACCAAGACAAAUGAGAUCUCGUACAAGCGGAGUCGCGAGGAGGAAGAUGCCCGUGUCGCACGAGAGGAAGCCCGGAGGCAGAAGGAUCAGCAGGCUGGAAAGCAGAGGUGGGAGAAGAGGGCCAAGGAGUUGAAGGAUAGUGAUCUUAUCCCGAAUGAUAUCCGGUUGGCGAUGAAGGCUGAGGUUGAGGCGAGAGAUAGGGCAAAGAGGGAGGCAAAGAAGAAUCCUAAUGCGAUUGCGGUGGCGGCUGCUGCUGAGAAGGAAAAGGAGAAGGAGAAGGGGGAUGAGGAUAUGUCGGAUGUAGAGGCCAAUGAGGAAGACAAUGAAAAUCAGGAUAACAAGGGCCAGGAAGAAGAAGAAGAAGAAGAAGAGGAUCGCCCAGCAUUAGAACUCGAAGGCGUCGAACGGUUCGCCUCCGAAGCCGCCGCAGACGCAGCGCUCGCAGAACUCGCGGCCCUCGUCCCCCUCCCGACCUUCGAAACCAAAGAAAUCACGGCCCUCGAAAAGGAACGUGCCAAAUCCAUGGGUAUCCCCGACUGGCUCGCCCACCCGACCCUCAUCGAACCGGACGAGUCUAAUAACCGGCCGAUUGAAGAUCAACAGUUUGGGUUCUCAGAGAGGUUGAUCAAGCAGUGCAGGAAAGCGGGUAUUGAGGAAUGCUUUGCGGUUCAGACAGCUGUGAUUCCAGUGUUGAUGCGGGCUAGGCAUUUGGGGGAUAUUCGCAGGGCCCCAGGGGAUCUUUGUGUGAGCGCUCCGACGGGUAGUGGAAAGACCUUGGCAUAUGUCCUUCCCAUCAUCGAGAUUCUGUCACAGAGAGUGGUAACGCGUCUGCGGGCCCUCGUCGUCCUCCCCACUCGCGACCUCUGCAUCCAAGUUAAAGAAACCUUCGAAACCUUCGUCAAGGGCACCGACCUCAAAAUCGCAACCUCGACCGGCCAAAACUCCUUCGCCCACGAACAAGCCAUCCUCGUCGGUGAAUCUCACUCCAACCCUAAUUCCCCACGGAUCCUUGGAGGCCAUUCCCGAGUCGAUGUCCUCAUCACCACACCCGGUCGUCUGAUCGAUCAUAUCAAGUCGACUCCGAACUUUACAUUGCAGCAUUUGAGGUUCUUGGUGAUCGAUGAGGCGGACAGGCUGUUAAACCAGAGUUUCCAGGAUUGGUUGUUCCAUAUCUUGAAUGCCAUUCAUCCAAGUCCCGAGAGGAAGUUGUUGGGGGCGGAUGGGUCUGAGGCCAUUCAGGUCAAGCGCGAUCACCUCGGGUUCCCGAUACACGACGCGAUCGCACCAGGAUUCCUCUCGUCAUUCUUCCAGCUCCCAGAAUCUGACGUCGAAGACCCCAAGGCCCUCUCUGUCCAGAAACUCUUGUUCUCGGCAACAUUGACAAGGAACCCUGCCAAGAUUGCCAGUCUCCAGCUUUCGGACCCUCAGUAUGUUGCUGUCCAGGAGGGCGGACAGGAUGGUGAUGAGAAGCAAAAGUAUACCACUCCUGCUGGUCUUACCGAACAUAUGAUUGUAUGCGAGACGUCAGAGAAGCCAUUGAUGGUGCUGCACCUGUUGCACCACCUUCAAGUGCGGUCUGCGUUGUGUUUCACCAAGUCUGUCGAAUCUGCGCAUCGUCUUUACAAGCUUAUUCAGCUUUAUGAGAAGAUCCGGACGACUGCUCCUGUGGAGGUACCUGUUGUUAGGAAGGAGGCUGGAAAGGAAAAGAAGGUCAAGGAGGAGCUUAAGAAGAAGGGUGGUAAGGAUCAGGAUGGUGAGUCUGGAAGCGAGGACGACAGCAGUGACAGCGACAGCGACAGCGACAGUGAGGAUGAGAACGAUAGCAGUAGCAGCGAUAGUAGCAGCGAGGAUGAAGAGGACGAAGGCGAGGACGAGGAAAAGACGAGUGAUGUGGAGAUGGAGCAAGCAGAAACCUCCACGAACGCUAUGGACAUCGACACCACUACCACCACUGUCGCAACCCCAACAGCAACGGAUGCGAUUGUUGUCGCAGAAUUCUCAUCCGACCUCCCCAAAUCCAAACGCCAAUCCAUCCUCCGAGCCUUCAACAACGGCGAGAUCCACCUCCUGAUCUGCUCCGACCUCAUCUCGCGCGGAAUGGACCUAUCCCCAGUCUCGUCAGUCAUCAACUACGACUCGCCCGUCUACAUGAAGAAAUAUAUCCAUCGUGUUGGUCGUACUGCCCGUGCAGGCAAGACAGGAACUGCCUACUCGCUGGUCGAGAUGCAGGAGGCUAGACAUUUCAAGGAGAUGAUUUCGAAAGCCGGGCAUUGGGACAAGAUUGGAAGGGUUAAUGUCAAGAGUCAGGAAGUCAAGGAUCUGGUCCCAGGGUAUACCAAGGCUUUGGCUGGAUUGAAGGAUGUUCUUGUUACUUCGAGCCGCCGUGCUGGCUCCAGACGAUCCUUCAAGUAA